UUUUCUAUGUCAGUAAAGAUUUUUGAUUAUUUUCGAUUUCUUUUCCAGCCUUCCUUUUUCGUGGUUUACAACAUGGUCACUACAGAGGUGAUUGCUGUUUUUGAGAACACAUCCAAUGAACUAUUGGAACUAUUUGAAAAUUUCUGUGACCUGUUCCGGAAUGCUACGCUUCACAGUGAGGCUGUUCAGUUCCCCUGUUCUGCUUCAAGUAAUAAUUUUGCAAGACAGAUACAGCGCAGGUUUAAAGACACUAUUGUGAAUGCAAAAUAUGGAGGCCAUACAGAAGCAGUAAGGAGGUUGCUUAGCCAACUGCCUAUCAGUGCCCAGUCCUACAGUGGAAGCCCUUAUCUUGAUUUGUCACUCUUCAGCUAUGAUGACAAGUGGGUGUCUGUCAUGGAGAGACCUAAAACUUGUGGGGAUCACCCAAUCAGAUUUUAUGCUAGAGAUUCUGGUCUUCUGAAGUUUAAAAUCCAGGCUGGGCUUCUUGGACGACCAAUCAACCACACAGUGCGCAGACUUGUGGCAUUUACGUUUCAUCCAUUUGAGCCGUUUGCUAUUUCGGUGCAGAGGACGAAUGCAGAAUAUGUGGUCAACUUCCACAUGAGACAUAACUGCACAUAAACAAGACAAAGAAAGCUGCCCAUUGCCUUACCCCUUAGACUUUUUAAUACAAAUACCAAAGCAGAAUAUUUCUUUAUGUGUUACAGUAUUUUGUUAAUGAAUGAAAGUCUGACGCUUUUAGACUCUCUUAUUUCUACAUUCAAAUGCAUUUUUCUGUUAAGGUUAAAAAUAAAACUCACCACUUUGUCUCCAUUUUUUAAUAUGUGUAUUGUGUACACGAUUAUAAAUAGAUUUAACUAAAUGAUCCACAUUUGAGUGGCCUGGCACUUAAAGCUUAAAGGGCCACUAAACCCAAAAUCUUUCUUUCAUGAUUCAGAUAGAGAAUACAAAUUUAAACAACAUUACAAUUUACUUCCAUUAUUUAUUUUGAUUCAUUUUUUAGAUAUCCUUAGUUAAAGAAAAAGCAAUGCACAUGGGUGAGCCAAUCACACGAGGCUUCUAUGUGCAGCAACCAAUCAGCAGCUACUGAGCAUAUCUAGAUAUGCUUUUCACCAAAGAAUAUCAAGAGAAUAAAACAAAUUAGAUAAUAGAAGUAAAUUUGAAAGAUGUUUAAAAUUACAUUGUCUUUCUAAAUCAUGAAAGAAAAAAUGUGGGUUUCAUGUCCCUUUAAGAAAUGUCUGUUUUCUUCAUAGCUGUUGGUUACUGUCCUACAGAGAGAAAUUUGUUUUUGCUAAAUUCUUAAAUAUACAUGAAUUGAACUUUAUUUGCAUCUUCCACUAUAAUUUUCUACUACUUUCUGUGCAUAAUUUCAGAUGUUAAUUUAAGCACCAGCCUAUCCGACUGUAAGGCACCUCUUAGAAUCUUAAAGUGAUGGUAAAUCCUAGUGUUUGUGAAAUGCUAGGAUUUACCAGUAGAUCAAAUAAAGGGGACUUUCAGUCAUGAAGUAUAAAAUACUUCAUUCUGAAGUUCCUUUAAUUGUCUGAAGCGUUCGCCGUGCUGAGCACCUCAGGCAGCCCACAACAGAACACUAUUUUGCUGUGAGGGGACGUUUCCACCUCGUAGCCAAUAGCCGUACAAGCUAUUCGGCAUGGCGCCAGCUGCUCUUCAUAAUUUAAAAAUUAUUUGAUAUCUGAUGAACCUACACAAACAAUGUUUCUAUUGUAUUUUUUAUUACAUUUACUAAUAUAAUUUAAAUGUUAUACAGUGGAGCUGAACUUCUGAGUUCCUGAAAUUAUGCGCUUUGGCUGUUUACAUUUUAAACUACAUUUUGCUACAGCUGUAAGUUUGAAGAUUGUAAUGAAUAAUGGUGCUAACAUUUGCAUAAUGUAUUGAAUAUUUUUUUUUUUAAAUGUCUUUCUUUCUCAACUUAUUUUUAUUUUUACACUUUGCAAAUUACCUUUCUUUAUUGCUUGUACAGUAACAGUGAUAUUGCCAAUACCCUAAAAGCCAAAUGUGAGAGUAAUAUGGUCAAGAUACAAUUUGUUAAGGUUUAUGAACUAUUUUCCUCUUUAUUGUAUUUUUAUGAAGAGAUCAACAAUUUUUAUUUUUGUUUUAAUAUUUCAGCAUUAUCAUGAAUUAAGAUGUGCAGGUUUUCAUAUUAAAGUUUAAAGAAGCCUAUAAAAAGUUUUUUUUUUAUUUGUAUUUUUUUCCUUUACUGCAGCAGCUGUCACUUUAAACAUUAUUGUUUCUAAAACUACCUCUGCAUUCACAAUUGUGAAAGUUAGCUGCAAUCUUUUAUUUUCUUAACAAAGUAUCCUUUCUUUAAAAAUGCUAUAUUGUUUUCAGUUCUGCAUUUGUGCCUUAUAUCAACAAACACUGAAUCACUGAAACCUCAUUUUUUUUUUUUUUUCUUUAGUUUAUAUUCCAUUGGUUGCAAAACAAUGACAGGUGAUGGGAUAAACCUAAUGUUUUGUCUCUCCCUGUUGAUUCUAUCACCAAUCAGGAUGCACAAAAAAUGGAAAUGUCCUUUUCAUUUAAUAUUGUUAAUACCCUUUCUGGAUUUCUGAAAUAAGUGACUAACAAUAAAACAAUGUUUGCCUAUUACUGUUUAUUUUAUUACAGUAGUUUUAGAAGGUAAGAUUUCUUUUUUCUUCUGAUUUUAUAUAUCCUAUUAAUUCAGCCAGACCUAAUCUACUCCACCUAAGUCAUCUUUUGUAUAUCUUCUUUACAAUAAACGUGAAGGUCUUAAAAUCAGGUGAAACUAGAAUACAUAACCUGUGUAGAGAAUGAGGAAUAACCUUGUAACCUUUUGUAUUUAGAAAUGCUAUAAAAGCAAAUGUAGAGUCUCUUUAGAUGACACAAUAUAUUUCAUACUGAGCAGAAAUCCAUUUUCUGCAAAACCUCUUACAUAAAGAUCCUUCCAACCUUACAUCUCUGUGCCUCGAGGUUUACCGGCAAAUCUUUCUCUAUUCAGUGUGCAUCUUUGUCUUUUGAAGGUGAAAACUGCGUGGGUGUGAUCACGCUAAACAAGUAUAUUUUUGUAAAAAAAAAAUCCUAUAAUCCUCUUGUGAUAGCAACUGAUAUUUUCUAACCUGAUUAGCUUGUCGUCAUAUACUUUUUUAUUUCAAAAUUAUGUCCUCUGUGAAGAUUAAGCUUUUUUAUGUUGUACAAAAUGCAUAUGCAGUACCUUUUGUAUUUACUCUGUUAAAUUUAAGUAGAAAAAUGUUUGGUUUGCAUGCAGGCUACAUUAUUGUACCUCUUGUGUAAAGACUGGUAAGAUAUUUAUGUUUUAAUUUAAAUAAAGUUUAUAAAUUACAGAA